UAUAAAGUUAGAAAAAAUCGCGACCAAAAACAGUUUCCUGUAAUAGUUUUAUUUUGAAAGUCAGCACUCCCCAGUUUCCGUCGUAUGUCGCUGUCUUUACUGUGGAUGCGCCUCUGGACUCUCACUCCGCUGCAGCGCAGACGCUCUUUCUCUCCUGCGCAUUUUCAGAACCACAUCUGGUCUCAGUGAUGAUCUCUAAAUCCCCGUCUCUCCAGAACCACGUCCUCAAUUAGGAUUCGAGUCCAGACCAGCUCAUCCUGCCCUGCAACUGCCCCAGACCUGGACGCUCCAAGUGGACCCUGGUCCUGGUCUUCACUAUGGUGCUCCUGGUUCUGGUAGUCGUGAUCCCGGUUCUUCUGAUCCGCACCACCGGAGCUUCAGCUCAUUACUAUGAGAUGAUGGGAACUUGCAGGAUGGUCUGUGACCCAUACACUCCUAAACCAGGAGGUGCCACAGCCGUGGAGCUGGUUCAGAGCGGGGACGAAGUCGCCCCUCAGCCGCGGGUGGCGCAGGGAGGACGCGGAGAACCAGGCAGACCGGGUAAACCGGGACCGAGGGGACCUCCUGGAGAACCAGGACCCCCGGGUCCGCGGGGUCCUCCGGGUCAACGCGGCCACAGCAAAAUCUCAUUCCCGGCGCUGAGUGGAUCUGCCGGGUCCGGGAGCGGGGACGCGUCGGACGGCGCUAACGCCACCGUCUUCACAUACAGGGUGGCGUUCUACGUGGGUCUAAAGAACCCGCAUGAAGGAUACGAGGUUCUGAAGUUCGACGACGUCAUUACGAACCUGGGGAACCACUACGACCCGAGCACAGGAAAGUUCACCUGCCAGGUUUCCGGGAUCUACUUCUUUACCUACCACGUCCUGAUGCGGGGUGGGGACGGAACCAGCAUGUGGGCCGACCUGUGCAAGAACGGACAGGUCCGAGCCAGCGCCAUCGCUCAGGAUGCAGACCAGAACUACGACUACGCCAGCAACAGCGCCGUGCUGCACCUGGACUCUGGGGACGAGGUCUACGUCAAACUGGACGGAGGCAAAGCCCACGGUGGGAACAACAACAAGUACAGCACCUUCUCCGGAUUCAUCCUGUACCCGGACUAAAGAUUCCAAGCUCCAAAAAACUGUUUCAGAGAUGUGGUCAGAUGUGUUUGAUCUUCUCUGUGAGGAAAGCGUGCCACCAUGGGGUCAAUGUAGAUUUUCUUUUUCCUGCUGUGGUUUUAACACUGGAGUCUGGUUUUCACUGCUGACAGAGAGAGAUUGGAUCUAACUUCAACUAAACAUCUUCAGUCUAUGUUUGAUUUAAGUUAUUUCAAAUAUCAAGUGUUACAUGUUAUAUACAUUUCAAUACAAGUUUAAAAUGUGGCUUUGUGAAGUUCUGACGUCACGGAGAACCAGUCAGAGACAAGAAGACUGUGUCUCAUCAUAAUCUGCCAAAAGUGUAAACAAAUCAUCUGAAGCUUCAUCACAUUGUCAGACACAAUUUUACAACAAGAAAUUAAACUAAACAUAACUCCCCCGUGACAAAGCCCAUUGAAAAAAAAAAAGAUUUUAACUCACAGGGACAGAAGAGAUGCUGGUCCACAACUGCCUCCAGUGGUCAGUUAGUGUCACUGACAUAAUCUUUUAAAUAGGGAUAUCUGAUUCGAACUUUUUGCCAAUAUCCGAUAUGCUGAUAUUUCCCAAACACUUAAUUUCCGAUUCCGA